AUGCUACCACUUACUAACCUUUUACGCGGGAACAACCGUGAGUUUUCUUUUCCUGACACAACUGUAGAGGCUUUCAAUCGUGCGACGAAGGCUCUUGCGGAUACAACUGUCCUUGUCCACCCUAUACCUGAUGCCCCACUCUCCAUUGUGGCCGACGCCUCCAAUUUCGCUAUAGGUGCUGCCCUUCAGCAACAGACGCCCACUGGCACCCAGCCCUUGGCUUUCUACUCUGCCAAAUUGACACCCCCACAAACCCGCUAUAGCACUUUUGGUAGAGAACUUCUUGCAAUUUAUUUAGCCAUUAAGCAUUUUCGUAAUUAUAUUGAGGGCCGAGAUUUUUGUAUUUAUACUGACCACAAGCCUCUUACUUAUGCCCUCUCUACUUCUUCUGACAAGUAUUCACCCCGCGAGGCCCGCCAUCUCGAUUUUAUUUCUCAGUAUACCACCGACAUUCGAUUUCUUAAAGGCCUUUAUAAUCAAGUUGCUGACUGUCUUUCUCGGCCUGGCAUUAAUGCCAACACCCGUCCUUCCAUCGAUUUGGAGCGCAUGGCAGAACUGCAAAAUCAGCCGACUUUCAGUGAGAGCCUUCAACACACUAGUCUUCAACUCGAAGCCAUUCCUCUUUCCACCACCCCCGGUACAAUCUUGUGUGACGUAUCGCGCGGUGCCUCCCGACCCGUAGUGCCAAGCGAGAUGAGACGAGAUGUUUUUGCCGCGUUGCACAAUCCAGCUCACCCUGGCAUCCGCACUACCCAGCGCUUUGUCAGCGAGCGGUUCGUUUGGCCAAGCAUGAACACUGAUAUACGCCAGUGGACCCGUUCAUGUUUGGCCUGUCAGAAGGCCAAAGUCGGACGGCACAACAAAGCCCCCAUUGACACUUUUCUCGCACCCGACGCACGGUUUUCACAUGUCCAUAUCGAUCUGGUAGGUCCCCUUCCAACAUCUCGUGGUUGCAACUACUUACUUACUGCGAUUGACCGAUUUACUCGUUGGCCCAUUGCAACUCCCAUACCUAACAUAACUGGAGAUUCCGUUGCUCAUGCUUUUUUGGAACACUGGAUCUCUCAUUAUGGCGUCCCCUCAACCAUUACCACCGAUCGAGGUCAACAAUUCGAGUCUAGACUGUUUAACAGCCUUACCAAUCUUCUCGGAUGUUCUCGCAUACGCACGACAGCAUACCACCCCUCAUCCAACAAUUUAGUCGAGCGUUUCCACCGGCAACUCAAAGCCUCGCUCCGAGCUCAUGACAACCUUUCCCAUUGGAGCGAGCAUCUGCCUUUGGUCAUGCUCGGUAUCCGUACCGCAUUCAAGCCCGACUUGGAGUGUACCGCUGCCGAACUUGUCUACGGUACUACCCUACGGAUUCCAGGUGAUUUUUUCGGGUACUCUCAAAGCUCAGCCGACUUGGAUCCCAGCGAUUAUGUGCAAAGAUUGCGCCAAGCCAUGACUCAUCUUCGAGCCACUCCUCCACGUCCUUCAACAAGUAAGUCGUACGUCGACCCGAACUUACUAACAUGUUCUUUUGUAUUUGUCCGCAUAGAUAGCGUUCGCCGGCCACUGCAACAGCCCUAUGACGGCCCAUUUCGAGUACUAUCGCGCAAGGACAAGCACUUUACAAUUAACCAUGGAGGCCGCACCGACGUGGUUUCACUCGAUCGCUUGAAGGCGGCUUAA